GACUGGCGGCGGCCGUGGCGUCUGCUGGAGGCGUAAUAGUGCGGGUCGCGGGCUUGGAGAACUUCAUAGGCGGUGGUGGCGCCGGCCGGAGACGACGAUAGCAGGAGCGGAUCAUCGCCUUGCCGCUCAUCAUGCCGACGGUGGAGGAGCUUUACCGUAACUAUGGCAUCUUAGCUGAUGCCACGGAGCAAGUGGGCCAGAUUCGACGUCAAGCAAUUAAAGAGCUGCCUCAGUUUGCCACUGGAGAAAACCUUCCUCGAGUGGCAGACAUACUAACCCAACUUUUGCAAACAGAUGACUCUGCAGAAUUUAACUUAGUGAACAACGCCCUGUUAAGUAUAUUUAAGAUGGAUGCAAAAGGGACUUUAGGAGGUUUGUUCAGCCAAAUACUUCAAGGAGAAGACAUUGUUAGAGAACGAGCAAUCAAAUUCCUAUCUACAAAACUUAAGACUUUACCAGAUGAAGUCUUAACAAAGGAAGUAGAAGAACUUAUAUUAACUGAAUCCAAAAAGGUCCUGGAAGAUGUGACAGGCGAAGAAUUUGUUCUGUUCAUGAAGAUCCUAUCUGGGUUAAAAAGCUUACAGACAGUGAGUGGAAGACAGCAGCUUGUUGAGUUAGUGGCCGAGCAGGCUGACCUGGAACAGACCUUCAACCCCUCAGAUCCUGACUGUGUUGACAGGCUCCUGCAGUGCACUCGGCAGGCAGUGCCCCUCUUCUCGAAAAAUGUUCAUUCUACAAGGUUUGUUACUUAUUUCUGUGAGCAUGUUCUUCCAAACCUCAGUUCCUUGACUACCCCAGUGGAGGGUCUUGAUAUACAGUUGGAGGUUUUGAAAUUGUUGGCAGAGAUGAGUUCAUUUUGUGGUGACAUGGAAAAGCUUGAGACAAAUUUGAGGAAACUAUUCGAUAAGUUAUUGGAGUACAUGCCUCUCCCUCCGGAAGAAGCAGAAAAUGGGGAGAAUGCUGGAAACGAAGAACCUAAGCUUCAGUUCAGUUACGUGGAAUGUUUGUUGUAUAGCUUUCACCAGUUGGGUCGAAAACUUCCAGAUUUCUUAACAGCCAAACUGAAUGCAGAAAAGCUCAAAGAUUUCAAAAUCAGGCUUCAGUACUUUGCCCGGGGCCUGCAGGUAUAUAUCAGACAACUUCGCCUGGCUCUCCAGGGUAAAACAGGAGAGGCCUUAAAGACAGAAGAGAACAAGAUUAAAGUUGUUGCAUUGAAAAUAACAAACAAUAUCAAUGUUUUAAUCAAGGAUCUCUUCCACAUUCCUCCUUCCUAUAAGAGCACAGUAACACUAUCCUGGAAACCUGUACAGAAGGUUGAGUUGGGACAAAAAAGAACCAAUGAGGAUACAACUUCAGGUUCACCACCUAAGAAAUCUACAGCAGGACCAAAAAGGGAUGCCAGACAAAUUUAUAAUCCUCCUAGUGGGAAAUAUAGCAGCAAUUUGGGCAACUUGAAUUAUGAGAGGAGCCUUCAGGGGAAGUAGAGGUGGACGAGGUUGGGGAGCACGAGGAAGUCGUAGUCGGGGAAGACUCUACUGAAUAAGACAUCACAUUCUUCAGCAUUGUAAUGAGCUUAAUAGACUUAAAUUCUACUAUUCGUUGGAUUGCCGGGGAUAUCCCUUUAAAAGGACUGCUGCCUUCAGCUAAGAAUUUAAUGUUCUUUAUACCUUUGUAUGUAUGACCUACUUUUGUAACAGACCAUGGUUGUGUCCAAAGUAAGAAACCACAGUGAUAUUUUUGGAUGCUUUAUCAACAAUCUUGACUUGUUUUUGCAAUGUCAUCAUUAUUCAGACUUCAUGUUGUGACUCUUCCUUUAAACAUCUUGAUAAUUCGUUGAGAGCAGUUCAAGUCUAAAAUGUAUUGAAAUUCAGUCUUGUUUCUGAAAACUAGUAUAGAUCAUCAGUUUUGAAAGGUUACUGAUUUUCCUUUCUCCUCUGUCUUUUUUGCCAUCUGCCUUUUUUGUAUAUGGAGAAGAGUAAUGGGCAUUCUUAAAGUUUUACUUCCGGCAUUUUAAAAUAAUAAAUUGCUAGGCCAUAGUG